UUGAGACAGAAAGAAGAGCAGAAUUAGGAGCAGCGCGCGUGCGGGCGGCGGAGCGCUGCGGUGACUUACGCUGGCGCAGGACGGUUGUCAGAAGUCUCCGCCAAAGUUCGCCGCGGCGCUCCCUCGCUCGUGGGUUCGGUGCUUAUGUCUUCCCCGGAAAUUGCAUUUCUCUCAUGGGGGCAAAUGAAAGUACAAGGGUGUACUGUAACCUAUAAGGAUUGCAAAGUAUGGCCAGGAGGGAGUCGAACUUGGGAUUGGAGAGAAACUGGAACUGAGCAUUCUCCUGGUGUACAGCCUGCAGAUGUGAAGGAGGUUGUGGAGAAGGGUGUGCAGACCCUUGUGAUUGGCCGAGGGAUGAACGAGGCCUUGAAGGUGCCUCCAUCUACCGUGGAGUACCUCAGGAAACAAGGCAUUGAUGUGCGGGUCCUCCAGACAGAGCAGGCAGUGAAGGAAUACAAUGCCUUGGUUGCACAGGGGGUCAGAGUAGGCGGCGUCUUCCAUUCCACUUGCUAAUGGAGCCCUCACCACACAAUAAACCACUAAGCACCGAU